GACUUUCCCAGGGAGGCUGAGGAGUGUGAUUACUUGGUAGUUGGGAAAAAAAACAACAACCCCAAAACAUAUGUACUGUAUUAUACAUACACACAUGUAGUCUAUAUACCUAUACAUAUAAACAUAUGCGUAUGUACAUGCAUAAACAUACAUACUUAUGCUAAUGUUGGCAGUAUAAAUUAUUGUUCAAGAUAAAUAAACAGUACAUUUAUACAUCAUAAAUAUUAAUUUAAUUAAAUAUAAUUUCUGCCCAUAAAGUUUAAUUAACUGCUUCAAAGGAAGUGAACUUUUUUAUAACAUGUACCUUUCCACUACUACUGUGUAAUUGUUGGAAUUGAAGUUAAAAUGUUUCCAACUUUCAGAGCAAAUAUUUAUUUUCCUUUAAAGGCAUCUGACUUCACUUUAAUUCUUCUGUUGAAAACAGUUACUUUUUUAAAAUGUAUCUACUUAACUUCCCAACACAUUUAACCUCAUUGUAGUAUUUAUUGUUGUUUUUCUUACAUAUAUGUAAUGCUUGUACUAAUGUUCUUUUUGUUGUUUGUUUAUUUUAUUCUAUUGUAUUCUAGUGCUGUUGGAACUUAAUAGUCCCCUUAGAUGAAACAGGAUUUUAAAAUAUUUACUGUAAACUUUGUGAGAAGUGAAUAUAAGUAAGAAACGGUAAAAUGUGCUCAUUUUUUAUGUCCUUCUGUUUUGCAAACUUUUUCAAAAUAGUAAACUGAGUCUACUUUUACCAUUACGAGUGUCUGUGUUUUGGUUUAUGUUGAUAUUUGAAAGUAAAUGCAGGUGAGUUUUACUUUUAGAAUGCUUUUUGUUGCCUUUUUUUGUACAUGUGAUCCAGUGAGACCUUUCUAAAAGGAGGAAAGACCCUUUUUUCUUUUUUACAAAAAAUCAACGAGAAUGAUCCCUUAACCACCUUUGUGGAAAUAGCUGAUAUCAGAAAAACUAUAGGGGAACAGUCAUACUUCUUAAAUAGUGAAGGAAAGUGUUAUUAAUUUAAAUGUUGGAUAAUGAAACGCUAAUCAAUGUUCUUUGCCUCGAAGAAUCACGGCCGAAAAGAAAAGAUUUUUAAACUUCUGCUGUUGUUAUUUAUUUAUUUACUUACUUGUUUAUUUGUUUUCGAAAAAUUAAUACUAACAAUCUUUGACGUGACAAGACCGUUCUAUUACAUUAUUUUUUAAUUGGUUCACAGGCACUUUUCCCAACCAAUAAAAAACAACUGUCUUGUACCACGUGACCAAACACGGAAGUAGAAUAUGUGAUCUCCGUACCCCUUUUUGAAGCGUGUUUGUUUCUUCAUUUUUGCACACUUGGACAUAAAGAAGUCGGUGUAUUUGAAUGUUUAGUCAAAACUGCUAAAAUAAAAAUGACUCAGGCAGAGAAAGAGCUAGAAUGUGGCGGGAAGGAAAAAGAAAAGGAACGAGACAAGGAAAAGGAGCAGCAACGCGGAGUGAAACGACCCAUCACUCCUGCAGUCAUCCCUGAAGCCACCCACGAGCAAAUUCAAACCAACUUUGUUAUCGUGAUCAACCCUGGUUCAAGAAGUGUCCGGAUUGGCCGAGCGACGGACACUCUUCCAGUCACUGUACCACAUGUAAUUGCACGGAGACAUAAGCAAAGUGGGCAGCCCAGACAUGAAGAUCCAUGGCUGAUAAGAGACGGUUUAAAUCAGAAACCAGAGAGUAAUGAGCAGAGGCAGAAUGGGCUGAAAAUGGUCGACCAGGCCAUUUGGUCAAAGAAAAUGUCAAACGGUGUGCGAAGGACUCCGGUGUCUGCUGAACAGGCCCGAGCAUAUAACUGUCAGAUCCGUCCAGCAGUUUUAGACAGCAGCUCCAGGGGGAAGUGGACCAACACGGGGCACCACCCACCUUAUCUGGUGGGAGAGGAGGCUCUUUAUGUAAAUCCAUCUGACUGCUAUAAUAUCCACUGGCCUAUAGUCAGAGGGCAGUUUAACAUUCACUCUGGGCCUGGAGGAUCAAUGACCGCAGUCCUGGCUGAUCUGGAGGCAAUCUGGAGUCACGUCCUUCAGAAGCACCUGGAAAUCCCUCUGAAAGAUUUGAAGUAUUACAGAUGCAUCCUGCUGGUUCCUAACAUCUACAACAGACAGCACGUCAAAGAAGUUGUCAACAUGUUGCUGCUUAAUAUGGGCUUCUCAGCAAUCAUUGUGCACCAGGAGUCGGUGUGUGCCACAUUUGGCAGUGGGCUGAGCAGUGCUUGUGUAGUAGAUGUAGGUGAUCAGAAGACCAGUGUUUGCUGUGUUGAGGAUGGAGUGUCUCAUCGGAACUCCAGGUUGUGUUUGGCGUACGGUGGCUCAGAUGUGACCCGCACUUUCUUUUGGCUCCUGCAGAGGGCAGGGUUUCCCUACAGAGACUGUCAGCUUUCAAAAAGACUGGACUGCCAGCUCUUACAGCAUCUAAAGGAGAUUUUCUGUCAUCUAAAUCAAGACAUAUCAGGAUUACAAGAUCAUGAAUUUCAGACACGCUUCCCUGAGGCUCCUGCUCUUUUGUACCAGAUUCGACUUGGAGAUGAAAAGUUACAGGCACCCAUGGGCCUUUUUUAUCCAACCACAUUUGGCAUUGUUGGACAAAAGAUGACACUGCUUCAGCACCGUUACCAGGGCGACCCAGAGGAUCCCCAUGAUGAACAUUAUCUGCUUUCCACACAAAGCAAACAGGAUCAAUCUUCCAAGUCUGCUGCAGACCGGAGGGCAGGUGCCAGACCUGUUGGCUUGGAGGGUGAAAUGAGCAGUCAAUGUGGAUUUGGGGAGACGUCAGAACUUCCUCGGGGCUGUGGAGGAGGUGUGGGGAGCGGAGGAGUAAUGCAAGCGGAAAUGGAGCUGGGGCCCACCCAGGGAGAGAGUCUGAUGGGUGCAGGAGAAGCAGAGGAGCCGCUGUCAGGACAUCUCUCCAGAAAGACUAUUAUGAGCCAGUUUGAGAGCAAAGCACUGGGGCUGGACAAGGCAAUCCUGCAUAGCAUUGAUUGCUGUGCAUCAGAUGAAACCAAGCGUAAGAUGUACAGUUCCAUCCUGAUCGUGGGAGGGGGCCUCAUGUUUCAAGGUGCUCAGGAAUUCCUGCUUCAUCGGAUCAUCAACAAGAUGCCCCCGUCCUUCAGAAGGCUGGUCGAUAACGUGGAAGUCAUAACACGACCAAAGGAUAUGGACCCCCGGCUGAUCAUGUGGAAGGGGGGAGCAGUGCUGGCCUGUCUGGACACCACACAGGAAAUGUGGAUCCAUCAGACGGAGUGGCAGCGCUUUGGCGUUCGAAUGCUCAGAGAAAGAGCCGCAUUUGUCUGGUAAAAAAAUGUCCAUGGAAAAGUCGUACUGACAAGUAAACCCAGUCUUGUGGACAAAGAUACAACUAUUAAUUCUAGUUUUGCAUCAAACAGGAGAGCUAACCUAGUUGUUUAUAUUAUGUGAAUGUUUGUGAUCUCACCCUGUGUUAACAUGUGUACCCAGUAAUAAAUUACAUGUUUGUAA